GCCGCGCCGGACGCCGACCCGGCGGCGCUGGCCGACGUGCACAUGGCGCGCAUCGUGGAGCUCACGCGCAGCGGCGAGGCCACGGCGGCUGGCGCCGAGCCCGUGCAGCGCGCAGCCGAGGCGCUCGGGUUCCUGUGCCUCAAGCCACCAAUCAAAGACCGCGUUGCGCGCAACGCGCCGCUGCUCGGCGCGCUUUUCCGCUUCGCGCAGGCGGCGGCGGAUGCGCCCGCGCUGCGGUUCGCGGCGAUCAUGCUUGUGCGCAACCUGGUGCAGCCCCGCGCCGCGCUGACCGAGGAGCAGCGGCGCAUGCGCCAGCUGCAGCGGCUCAGCUCGGGCGACGCGCCCGCUGAGGAUGGCGCGCAGGAGGACGCUGGCGACUCGGCCGAGAGCGUCGCUGCGCGGUGUGCUCUGGUCUGCCAAGCCGGCGGCUGCCUUGGGCUGCUGGCGGCUGCGGUGCAGCCGGCGGCGCGCCCGUCCGAGGGCCUGCGCGACGCCGUGGCGGACACCUUCCUGGCGCUGGCUGCGGUGCCGGCGCUGCGCGGGCUUUUGGUGCAGCAGGGCGGCGUCCGCUGCCUGCUCCGGCACUUGCUCACCGCGGAUGCGCCCAAGGCGCAAGCCGCCAAGGCGCUGCCCAGCGCCUUGCUGCAGGGCCGCGACCGCCGCGUGGCCUUUGCGCUGGCGAAAAUCGCCAUUUCCGUGCCGCCGCACCUGGCAUUCGACGACCCGCGCGAGAUCGCGCGUCUGCUCCUGGCGCUGCUCGCGGAGGAGUCCGACGCGCAGGCGCUGCUGAUGCGCUUCGAGGCGCUCUUGGCCCUGACCAACCUGGCCAGCGCGCCCCCCGGCUCGUCCCACGACGUGCGUGGGUACCUGGCGAAUGACCUCGAUGGCAUUUCGCUCGUCGAGCUGGUCUUGCUCAGCGACCACGUGCUGGUGCGCCGCGCCGCCACGGAGCUCGUGUGCAACUUGGUCUACAACGAGGCCGUGUUUGAGCGCUUUGCAAAGGGCGCAGACGCGCAUGUGCCCGCGGAUGAGUUUACGCCGGGCAUUGUUGAGCUGCCCAGCGAUGCCGAGGGCGAGGGCGAUGGCGAGGGCGAUGGCGCCAGCAGCGACGGCGCCGGGUACCGGUCGCAGCGGCUGCAUCUGCUUGUUGCCCUGGCUGACGUCGAUGACGCGGCGACGCGCAGUGCCGCGGCUGGUGCCCUUGCUGUGCUGACGAGCGAUCCGAGGUGCUGCCGGUACCUGUUCCUGGUGCACCCGCGGGCUGGCGACGUUGUCCUUGGGCUUUUGGCCGUGGAGGACGGUGUCGGGGACAAGGAGGCGGCGGCCUUUAGGCAUCGCGUGGCUGUCAUUUGGGCGAAUGCCGCGAGCUGCGGUGACCGGAGCGUUGUGGCGAGGCUAGGUGCUGAUGAUGGCGUUGUGGCCGCCCUGAAGGAGAUGACUGCAGAUGCGAAGAUGCCGUAUUACGCUGCCGCGAAGAGCGCGCUGGACCAGCUAUUUUGAUUGUUUUGGAGCGCCGAUUGAUGGGUUGAUUGGGAGUGUAGAAUGAAACCCUUGACUAGUCUUUUUCUUAUUUAUUCGGCAUUAGUAGCCAAUGGCGUUACUUUUUCCUCUGGGCUAAUGUUAGUUCUAUUGGGCUGGGUUGGGUUGGGGGUAACUCGAAAUUUUUUGCCGAUCACAAUCGAUACAGCUUCUCCUUUGUCCCUCCCUCCCCAACAAGCUAUGUUUCAAUGUCGUUACAAAAAACGUGUUGUUUGGUUGGGUGGAAAUACUCCGUCCAAGCCCUUCUCUUCCCGGAUUUAUCCAUUUUCCCACAAUCGAUAGCUGAUAUUCCGGCGAUAGGGAGAAUAAAACGCAAUAAUGUUAAAAACCCAAAAAUCCAAUUUUUUUUCUCCUGUUGGGUUGUAUUUUACUAAUACAUAUAUUUCCCCCUCCCCCCCAA